CUGACCAGAACUUCCCUCUGGUGACACAAACGCCUCCUCUGUUGAUGAGAACGCCUCCCUCAUAAAACACAGCGUCCCUCUAAAAAAACAUAGAACAGCUAUCAUAAUAAUAGAGGGAUGCAUUUAAAAAAAAAAAGAUUGAUAUCUUUCUAAUCAUGGCUCUGUUUGCAGAGGUUCUGGGUAAAGUCAGGUUGUUUCUGACCUGGGCUCCACCUGCUGACAUCCAAGCUCUACUGGAUGGUUUGGUGGCGGAGCAGAUCAUCUCAGAGGGGUACAGACAAAACCUGAAGCUGUGCCGAUUUAAUAAAGGAAUUCCAGAUAAACCAGGAGAUCGAGAGCCGAACAGCCUUUUAUCUCAAGGAUCAACCACCCUGCACCUCAGCCGAAAAGAGAUCAACGGGUUAAUGUCUGGUUCAUCUGGAGAUUUGGAGAACAUCAAAAAGUCUAUGAGCCCCCUGCACAUGAGUCAGGAUUUUCACAGCAGCAAUCCCAAACUGAUGCAGGAACUAAUGGAGGAGAAAGAAAAACAUCUAAACAGCCUCAAUCAUGUCUUCUAUCCAACUCUGGCGAACUGCCAACACAGUCUCAGAUUCAGUGAUGAAAUACAAGGACUGCUGAGUGGUGACAAAUUGGUGCUGAAGCCUGGAAAUGAUAGUGAAAGAGACAAGAAAGGGAAUUCGGAGAAUGGUGAGGAGUGGUUGGAGCAGGUAGAAGAAGCUGCAAGGAGGAUAGCUGUGCCUCUGUGGCAGAACUGGCACAAAGGACAAAAUAUGUUAUUGUCUUUGAUUCCCUGUGAGACAACCGGCUGUGCAAUAAGUGACAGUAUAGUGUCAGACCGUGAAAGACAACACCCGUUCUUGGACAUGGAGGAAGAAACAGAGUUGGAAGCUGCCUGCAAACCUCUCGAUGGCAUAUUUAAUUGUACCUCAUUGGGAAUUAGAGAUCUGUGCUUGAGCAACACACUACAACUUGGAGAGUUAUACUCAUCUGCAGCUGGCCGUGCAGCAGGGUUGAACAUCGAUACCAGGGAGUUGGAGGAAGAAGAUGGAACUGCCUCCCCUGUUGAAGCCUGUCAAGCCACUGAAACAAAGGACAUUACUGAGAAUCCUUGGAACUUGAGUCAGGCUGACAGGCCAACAGAUGCAAUGGAUGCACAACGAAGAACCAAAUAUGCCCUCUCGGAAAGCUUCUGUGGUGAUCUACUUUAUUUAUUGAAGGACUUUGAAAACACCAUGCAGGAAAACUCGUACUUGCAUCCUGGCAUGAAAGAGAGUCUUGAUUGUUGCAGGAAUGAAGACAAUGCAUCAUUAUGGUCCACAGACAGAGCAGUCUUUGAGAAUAUAAAGUCACACCAGGAUGCCAAGAUGCAAGAAGGAGAUCAGGAUAAUUUUAUCCAGUCAGACAUUCUCCCAGAGGAUUUGUCAGAAUUCCUAAAUGACGACUUUUUGGUUUCCUUCCUGGAUCCAAAUGCACUUGAUAAAGCUUUCAGCUCAAUCAAUGUGGAUGACAUCAGUCAGCAAACAGAGACCCCCUGUCUAUCCGGCGUUCUCGAGCCGAACAAACCACCAGGAAAUUCAAGAAAGAGAAAAAGACAGAGUUGUGAAAAAAGAACCCGCACAGAUAAGAACAACACUACAAAAAAAGCAAGAGCAACAGGUCAACCAAAACCCCAGGAGCCACACGCCGAGACACCUUUCCCCCAGAGGGGUGAUGCAGAAUCUGGAUCAUCUCCAGAAGACGGCGGGACAGACUUCGCUGACACUCCACCAAAAGUUCUACGCCUUUACCCACCGCAGGCUGCCACUCCACUUCCCAUUCAGUUCAUUGCUAUCCCAGACAAUUCAGGUUAUCAACUGGUCCAGCUGCCUCCACCUAACUCUUCAGUCAUUAGGCUACCACUGCCAAACACUCCCACCACCCCAACGUACAUUUUAGUUCCUGUUGACUCGCCUCCCUGCAAUCACCACAUACCUCCACUGUCCCCAGUGGAUGGCACUGUAGCCCCUAUUCUGUUGAGUUCAUCCCCCCCAGGUUCUCUAUCAGACACAGCCAGCAAGGCUACAUCCCCCUCUUGUGUCUCCCUUCGUUCUCCCAGUCAUGAUAGGUCCCCAUCAAAGGAGCCACCACAAUCCCCCAGAAUUCCUGACAUUUCCCAGAGAGUAAAGGACUAUAUUCAAGCAGCUAAAUUUCACAUGUAUCAACAGUCCCUGGAAAUGGAGGAAGGCCUGAGCAUUACGUUUCAUUACGUAGACCAGCAUGUGAGCCAAAGAGAGAUUUAUCGCUCAGGAAAAAACACAAGCAAAUGUUCGGACAAGGAGUUUGCCAUCACUGGACGUACACAACGACAGAAAAACUUACUGCAGCUGAAUCAAAUCUUUGAAAGCUCAAACGUAGGAAAAUCUGUACGCUGCAUUUUGCUACUCGGAAACGCAGGAAUGGGAAAGACCACUUUGAUCAAGAAGUUGUGUCUUGACUGGUCCAGGAACUCCUUACCUCAGUUUGACUUUGUUUUCCUACUUGACGGGAAAGGACUCACGCUAACAGAGCCCAUUUACAGCCUUCAGACGCUCCUUUUUGACCUUUCUUCCGUCGCUCCUUGUGUUGACCCCAAUGAAGUGUUUGCUCAAGUUCUCGCAGACCCUAAACGCGUCCUCCUCAUUUUCGAUGGCUUUAAUGAGCUACGGGACUACGAGAGCCUACUCCAAACUCAGGAGAAAGAUUGCUUCACUCUAUUGCAGAAAGACAGCAAGACGCAGACCUUCACAGUUAGGCAGCUAUACUCCGCCAUUUUUCAGAGGCUCCUUCUCCCAGGAUGCACUCUACUCCUUUCAAGCCGGCCGAGAGGUGCAGCUAGCCAGUUACUCCGACGGGUGGAUACUCUUCUGGAGGUUUGUGGCUUCACCUCAGACAGUAUUGAGUCUUAUAUAUUUCAUUACUUCACCGAUCCUGCCUUGAGGGCGUCUGCUCUUGAUUGCUUGAAAAGUAGCAGCUACCUAUACCAUCUGUGCUGGAACCCUGGACUCUGCCGGUUAGCAUGCAUGGUUUUAGAGCAAUCCAGAAACUCUGAGAACCUGCCAAGAACUUUGACUGAACUAUGUCAUCAAGUUGUCUCUCUGAAAAUGCAAAAACAUGCAAAGACCCCAACAGUAUGCGGUAGCACUCAGACACAAACUACUACACAAUCGACACAAAACAGUCCAACAGAGCAUUCAAAAACUUCUCAAGAAAGGAUAUGGAGGAAAACGUCCCCAAACAAAACCAGAGGAAGAGUGAGCACAGUCCCUCGCAUGCAAAAAUCCAGAAAAGCUAAAGAGUUAGGCAAACAGGAACACAAUAAGAAUGGGUAUAAUCUGUCCAAGGAUGCAGAUGAAAGUGAGAACAAAGACUUGCUGCUCCAGCUGAGUGCUUUGGCGUGGGAGGGGGUCAAAUCCAACUCCUCCACAAUCCCCAGGGAUCGAUCCGUACCAACUGAAGUCAAAGCUUUUGGCUUAGGCUUGGGGGUUCUCUGGCCUCAGAACCUAGAGAGGAGGAGAAGGUUCUCAAAUGGAGAAACAGACAACAGAAAUGAGAAAGAGAGAAGAGUAGAAGGACAGAGCGAGAAAAACGGAGAAGACGUCAGCACUGCUGAUUGUAAAGAUCUUAUUCUGGCCUGGACCAGCCCUUUUCUUCAGAGUUACUUGGCGGCUGUCCAUUUGUCUUUGUCAAGGAUUGUCUCAGACCGCUCUUUUCUUCAGGCCCUCCCUUUCCAAAUGGGUACCAAAUGGCGCCGGCGGCCAAAAAGAGAGGAGCUUGAGCUCACUCAGAGAAUUGUGGUUGGACUACUUUUCCACAAAAAGAAAAAACUUCAGCUGCUCCACUCACACACAGAGACUGUCUUCAGAAAUACGCUGAUCAGCAGACAGGGUUUGGUAGCAAAACACCUCGCAGGCCUUUCCUACAGUGACCUGGGUUCUGCCCAGGUCCUGGAGCUGUGCCACUACGUCUAUGAAGCAAGUGUUUCUCAGGAAAGCAGUGGCAGAGACCCCGGGGGCACAAAACUAGCCACCCAGCUGGCAGAAAACCUUCCAGAAUCUCUCAGGUUUAAUGGGGUUCCUCUCAGUCCACCUGAUGUGUUUACCAUAAAAAACGCUCUGCUGACGGGAGCGGCUGAAGGCAGAAGUUUCUGCUUGGAUUUUGAAAACACUGGGAUACAGAUCAGUGGACUCAGAGCUCUGGUGAGCCUCAACAACAUCAAUUCAUUCAGGGCGUGCAUCGCUGACGUCAUCAACCUCUGGGAGCAGCUGGAGCAAAGUGGCGAAGAGGAGCUCCUGCAGGGAGCAGUGUCAAAGUUUCACAUCCAACCUCUGAAAGCCACACAGGUGUGUCACAUAGAACACCUGGAGAAACUGGUGAACAUCCACACAAACAAGAGGCUAUCGGAAAGCUCUCGCCUGUCGGACUCCAUCCUGACAGAUGGGGUACCGGCGGUCAAAGACUUACACAAGCUGGAGUUUGAGCUUGGUUCAGAGGAGGGCCCUCUGGCUCUUCCUAAGCUAUGGAACCUUCUACCAGGGCUGCAUAACCUCCAACACUUGGACCUAGAAGAAAGUAAAAUUGAGGACCAAGGAGCAGAGAAACUGGCAAGCAUAUUACACUCACUCACCUCUCUGGAAGUACUAAAUUUGUCACAGAAUUGCAUAGGGGACAAAGGGGUGAAGAAACUGGCACAUGCACUGAAGGAUCUGCCCAAACUGCACUGUUUAAGUCUCUACAGUAAUGAUAUUUCCGACGAAGGGGCAGAGAGUUUGGCGGCUGUCCUCCCACACAUGCCGUCCCUCACACAUCUUGAUCUGGGCUACAACAAGCUGCGAGAUGUUGGAGCGCAGAGUCUGGCACUCAGUCUGAGAAACUGUAAAAAGGUUAAAACCCUGAGAAUGUGGAACCAGUGUAUCCCAUAUAGAGUGCUUGAGAGACUUCAACGCCAGGACAGUCGCAUCCUUUCGCUAUAGGAAACUUUUAUGUUUUAAGCUGUGUCAGAAACAAUUGAAAGAAUCUCUCAGGAAAGGAGGUCCAGAAGAACUCCAGGACUGGCUGCACUACAUUAAUCAAUAAUUGGUGCUUUCUCUAACAGGUCAAAAGAUGAACUGUUUAUUUUGUCUGUGUUGUGACUUUAUUCAAACUAAAAAAAACAAAAAACUUUUCACUACAGUGUUUGUGCUUUUUUGUUGUUACAUUUUUAAAUAAUUUCUCACUUGUAUAAAUUGUGGGGAAAAGCUGCAUUAGCUUUCUCAAAAAUUACGUCGUUAACACUUCAGAAAUUCAAUGUUUGUUCUAUGUUCACUUUACAGCUUGGGUUUUAUUUAAAAACUGUUGUUUCACUUCCUUAAAUGAACAAUUUCUAUUCUUCAUUUUGAUUAAAUUGACCUUUGAUAGUGGU